AUGAGCGACCUUCAAAAAUCGUUUGCCAAAUCGCGGCUGGCCAAGCUACCGCCAGAGGUACCAGUCUUCGACGAACGUGAGGAGAGAGAGAAUGAUCACGACGGUAGUAUCGCCUCCGUGUAUCAUGAUCCGCGUGAUGACGAUUCUUCCUCAGCUUCAUCCGCCUCUUCUACAGGGACAGUGAGGCCAUCGGCAAGCCAAAGCUUAUUUGCACGCACUCCUCGGUUGUCCUCCGCAAGAGCAGAAGCUACGCCACUCUCAUGGAUGGAUUUCUUUGACCGGGAACUGUUCCUGGAAGAAGACGUUGACGGUUUACAUGUAUCUCACCACGCCUACAUCAGCAUACCGUCAGGCCACGGGCCUUUGUUCGUCACUCACCACGGGGCGGGAUCUUCAGGUCUUUCCUUUGCUGCAUGCACUGCAGAAAUUAAAAAGAUUCUUCCCUCUGCCGGUGUCCUAUCCUUGGAUGCGCUAAACCAUGGAAGAACUACUGUUACGAGGUCCCACGGUGCUGAGGGCGAUCAGCAGAUCGAAUUAGAUCUAAAACUAGACGCUUUAUCCCGCAACCUUCUUUUUGUCGUGGAACAAACUCGAAUACAGAUGAACUGGGAAUCUCUCCCAGAUCUUGUUCUAGUUGGCCACAGCUUGGGCGGCGCCGUCGUCACCGAUGCUGCCAAAAAGGGUAAACUUGGAUCGAAACUGUUGGCAUAUGCUGUCUUGGAUGUUGUUGAAGGCUCUGCGAUGGACGCGCUUCAAAGUAUGGAAACUUAUCUCUCCACCCGCCCAUCUGGCUUUCCGUCAUUAGCUUCCGGGAUUGAUUGGCACAUCCGUUCGCGAACUAUCCGCAAUGCCCUGUCUGCACGUGUGUCAGUGCCAUCUCUCCUCCGCGAAGAUCCUGCAGACCCCUCCCGACCAUGGAAGUGGCGUACAGAUCUAGCGGCCACGAAGCCGUUUUGGGAGAGCUGGUUCAUUGGACUUAGCAAGAAGUUCUUAGAAGCUCGUGGAGGGAAACUACUAUUACUUGCUGGAACAGACAACCUUGAUACGGAGCUUAUAAUUGGGCAGAUGCAGGGCAAGUACCAGCUUCAAGUGUUCCCAGAGGCAGGACAUUUUAUACAGGAGGACCAGCCCGCGAAAACAGCGCAGAUUCUUGUUGACUUCUACAAACGAAACGAUAGAAGCGCGCUCGUUCUGCCACCUAAAGUGGGCAACAUUGGGGCUGCAGGAGCUAUGGCGAAAGGAGCUGGAAGUGGGAGUGGCAGAAAUGAUAGCUUUCCACCACACACGUGGAAAAAGAGGGGUUUUUGA